AUGCCGAGGGGCUUCCUGGUGAAGCGCAUGAAGCGCACGGGUGGCUCGUACCGCGCCCGGCCGGCCGAGCGGCUCUUCCCUCCUCUGGGCCCCCGCGUGUCGCCGCCCUUCCCCGAGGCCCCCGGCGGCCCGCUGCCCGCGCCCCUCUCCGCCCUGCACGGCCUGAAGCGCCGCGCCAAGGCACCCCCGGGCUGCCCGCUCGGCCUCGGGACCGCGGGCAUCAAGAAGCCCAAGGCCGUGAGGAAGUUGAGCUUUGCGGACGAGGUGACCACGUCGCCGGUCCUCGGGCUGAAGAUCAAGGAGGAGGAGCCCGGGGCGCCGUCGCGGGUCCUGGGCGGAGGCCGCACACCGCUCGGGGAGUUCAUCUGCCAGCUGUGCAAGGAGCAGUACGCGGACCCUUUCGCCCUGGCGCAGCACCGCUGCUCCCGCAUCGUGCGGGUCGAAUACCGCUGCCCCGAGUGCGACAAGGUCUUCAGCUGCCCCGCGAACCUCGCCUCCCAUCGCCGCUGGCACAAGCCGCGACCCGCGGCCGCCAGCGCCUCCUGCGCCGACGGGAAGCCUCCUCGCCCGCCGUCUGCAGACCCCGGGCCCAUGGCCUCCUUCCUGGCAGAGGGCAAGGAGAACGGCCGUGCGGAGCGGACCGACGAUCAGCACCGUCAGGCCAGGGACAGCUCCGCGGAGAAUCAGCACCAGGACAGCGCCCUGCGCCUCGGCCUGCCCGCGCGGGCACACCCGGAGCCUCCGCCUCCGCAGGUCCCCUUCCCCGGGGUGGUGCUGGGGCGCCGGGUGCCUGGGCCGGGCAGUGCCGCUGUUGGUGGGGCAUCCGAGAUCUUCGUGUGCCCGUAUUGCCACAAAAAGUUCCGUCGCCAAGCCUAUUUGCGCAAGCACCUGAGCACUCACGAGGCGGCUUCUGCUCGAGCGCUGGCGCCCAGCUUCGACUCCGAGCGCGGGGCCCCUCUCGCCUUCGUUUGCCCGCUUUGUGGGGCGCAUUUUCCGUCCGCGGACAUCAGAGAGAAGCAUCGGCUAUGGCACGCUGUCCGCGAGGAGCUACUACUGCCCGCCCUGACUGGGGCUCCUUCGGAACCGCUGGUCCCUGCAGGGGCAUCGGAUGGCAGUGCUCAGCAAAUCUUCUCGUGCAAGCACUGUCCGUCCACUUUUUUUAGCUCCCCCGGACUGACCCGGCACAUCAACAAAUGCCACCCUUCAGAAAGUCGGCAAGUACUGUUGCUCCAGAUGCCACUUCGGCCUGGCUGCUGA